UGCGCGGUCUGUGGUGACGUGGUUCACUCGAGACAGUAUGGUGUACCAUCUUGCCUCGGUUGCGUGAUAUUUUUUCGAAGAUCGGUCAUCAAUAAAAGUCAGUACAAGUGCUGGAAGAAUGGAAAGUGUGUUAUUGAUUAUGGAAAUAUACAACAUCUUCGAUGUCAACAUUGCCGUUUUCAAAAAUGCAUUCAAGUAGGAAUGAAUCCCAAUGACUUGAGGCUUCCCGAAGCAGACUCUUUGAACUCUUCGGCGACAACCUUCGAUAAUCUUCCCUUGCUCCUAAAACAGUUGGCUCACUUUGGCACUUAUAGAGCUCUCCUACUGAAAACCUGCUCGUAUGACGGGGAUCCAACUAUUGAAGAAAUAUCAUGUAUGCUUCAAAACCUCAAAUUUCGAAAUAGUCCGUUGGCGCAGAAUCUUCCAAGCAUUGAAUGGGCGUUCUUCACUGCUUUAGCUUCAUUUGAUUUUUUGAGGAAACUUCAAAUCGUUCAAAAUUUGGAUACAAAGGAUCGAACAAUUUUACUGAGACAAUCAUUCUCAACGCACUCUUUGUUAUCCGAAGCUUUUUAUUCGUUUCAGAAGAAACAAUCGUGUCUAACGUUUCCCAAUGGAUCUGAUUGUUUUCUAAGCGAUGCUAUAACUGUUCCGGCGGAUUUUGAAAAUCGGAUAAGAUGUCGCCUAGUAGGAAGACUAUGUGAUUUGAAAGUGACUUAUGAUGAAUCACUACUUAUUUCAUUGAUCUUCAUUUCUGAUCCAGCCCUCAACGGAUUAUCAGAAAUGGGUCAGUCACUGAUUUCUUCUCAUCGUAACGUCUACUCAUCUCUUCUCGUUCAGUACUGUCUUCAAAACUAUCAAAAGUUGGGACCAUCCAGAUUUGUGGACUUGUUAUCGAUUUACGACGCAAUCAAGAAAACUCAGGAGGAUCUCAAACUCCAUUAUUUGCUUUGUUACCUCAAUAAUCCCCCACCUAAACUU